CAGCCCCCAUGAGUAAAAAGCAUGGGCGAAGAUAAUUUUUCUGUUGUAAACGUCUCCGGUUCUAGUAUUGUAAAACACAAACCUGCAUUUUCUUCAGACUCAAAAUGUUUGUUUGUGUUAUCUGGCAAGUACAUCAAGGUCUACAGUGUAAACGGUGGAGAAUGUAUGCAUCACCUCGCCGGCCACCAUAAUGAAGUCACAGGUGUCCUCAUCAGUCCCAAGAAUAAACUACAGCUUUUGUCCAGUUCCUUAGAUGAAACAAUAAUUCUCUGGGACUAUGCAGAUGGGGUCAUUUUAAAGAGGUAUUCCCUCCAUGCCCCUCUUUACGGCUUGGUUGGUUUUACCAAAGAUGAGACAAAUAUUUUUGUAAUGGUUCGUCGAAAUCCAAAAGGGAUAGACAUAAGGGACAAGAACUUCAAAGAAUAUUCUGAUGUUUGUGAAUAUGACCCCAAGUCAGGCUCUCAGAAUAAGCUGCUGAAGAUAAUUCUGGGAAGAAAGUUAGUUGCUGUUGGUGCCAAGGGAAGAUACAUAGUCGGAGCAAAGAAGAAAAAGGUUGUCAUUUAUGACUGCAAAAAAUCAGAGGUUUUCAUGCAUGGUUUGACCGAUGAUUUUGACAAAGCUAUCACUUGUGUGGCUUGUCAUCCAACUGAAGAUUGCAUUGUGACGGGCUGUGAAAAUGGAACGAUUGUCUAUUGGUGGAAUUUCCUGACAAAGGACAGAGUGGUGAAAUCUUCCUAUAGUUGGCAUGCCCUGCCUGUCCUAGAUCUAGAGUUUACUUCUGAAGGCUCACAGUUGCUGAGUGGGGGACAUGAGAAUGUUUUGGUGAAAUGGCAGUAUAACUCUAAAGAGAGAGAAUUUCUUCCCCGUCUUAGGGCCCCAAUAGAUCAUGUGGUCUGUUCCCCUGACAACCAGAUUUUCGUCACUUGUCACCAAGACAACUGUAUAAAUCUGAUUUCUAACACCUUUGAGUUGCUCCAAGUGAUCGAUGGAUUGUCCCUGUGCCACCUCCAGUCCCAGCUGUUGGUCAGACAGUCUGUACGGCUGUUGUAUGACCCCCGGACUAAGGCUCUUGUCACCAAUGGACGAGUCGGACACUUACAGUUCUACUCCCUGGAGGCUGAUAAACAGCUGUACAAUCUGGACAUUGUACAGGAAAACUACACUUCCCCAGAGGACCUUUCAAAACCACUCUACCCCACAGAGGUGACCAAUGCUGCCUUCAGUAGUCAUGGCGACUGGUUAGCAACAGUUGACAUGUGGGAUGAUGGGGUCAUGACCCCUGAUAUACAACUCAAGUUUUGGAUGUACCAAGAAGAGUCACAAGAGUACACCCUGAACACUAUAGUUCAUUAUCCCCAUGACAAGAAGGUGAUAGAUUUAAAGUUCCGUCCCCAUGGAGAUGACCUUGAUGUGAUUCACAGUGUAGUGACCUCUAGUGAAGAAGGCAAAUUUAAAACUUGGAUGCUUGUAGAUGAUACAGAUAUUUAUAGGAAGAAUUCUAAGUGGGUUUGUGACUGUGUUGGAUACUACAGAGAUAGACCUGCUGGUCCGGUAUCAUUUUCAGAAGAUGGAUCUCUGCUCGCUGUAGGAUUCUCCUCCACACUCACCAUCUGGGACUCCGACACCAAUGUUUUACGUCACUGCUUCCACAGACAGACAGAUGGUUCUGAUAUCAAACAAUGUGAGUUUGGCCACCAUUCCUGUUGUCACCUGUUGGUGAGCCUGUCCUCUGAUUUACUGUGUGUGUGGAAUCUUCUCACCUGCUCAUUGGUGUGGUGCAUCAAUUUGGAUGCCUGUGUUCUGACAGCUGAUCCCCUCUCUUCAUAUAUGGCCAUUAUUGACAAUGAACAGAAAUUGUACAUAUUUAAGCCUUCAAGUUCAGACAUAGUUUACUCCAAACCCUUACUAUCAAAGUCACCUGUCACAUGUGCAAUAUUCAUACCUCAAACAAAGAAGACUUCCACAAAAGGGAAACAACUGGAAUGGCAGACUUCCUCACAGUUGUAUUUCUUUAAUGAAGAGCAAGAACUUCUUACCAUUGUUAGUGAAGAAGAAGAACAGAAAAGGAAUGCCUUAGACUCGAGAGCCAUUCAGGAGAAUCUGCCAUCCACCCCAUUCAGUGUCUUUAUGGGGAGCAAGAGGAGACCUCUACAGGACAAGGGGAGACAUAUAGAGAGGGUCACCCCCUCUGUCAUUACUAAACAGAUUUUGGAGUCAGCAGCACACGCUCAACCACCAGUUACCUCCCUUUGUUUGCCAUUCUUAAACUCAUUUAUCAAUAGAAAACAAAAAGAAAGAAAAGCAGAAGAAGAGGAAGAAGAAGAUGAGAAGGAGGAUAAUGAAAUAGAAGGAAAAUCUCAAAAUUCUGAUUCAGAUAUGGAAGUAGAGCAAUCCCAUGAUGCCUCAAAAACUGAUUCCCAGAAGACAGUUCAUAAGAAUGAUUUUAAUUGGCUGAGUGAUUUGCAUAUUAAUGAGAAUGAUGAAGAGUUAAAUCAUUCAGUUUCAUAUAUAACAGACUGGAAUUUUGAAAUAAAAUCAUGAUAAUUUUU